AUGGUUCUGGGGCCAUGCUUUCAGUUCCUUUCUCUUUUUCUAGUGAUCUUUUCGAGUUUAGGGGUCGCGGAUGCUCAGAUUGUGAACAGAACGAUUGACGAUUGGUUCGGGGACUCACAGACGAAUGUUCGACCACGGUUUCUGCCGACAACCACUGGUGUAUGGAAGGAUGAGACGUGUAGGGAUUGUGCGAUUAACCCGGACACAAGCCGCGCAUUCCGUGGAACCUACCAUGCUGCGACGUAUAGCCCCGAGCUUGGGUCGAUGAGCAUUGAAAUGUCCUUCGAAGGUAUUGCCAUUCACGUCUUUUUCAUCCUUGCCAAUGACCAGGGCACUGGAAUAACCACCAUUACCGACUGCGACUUCAUCCUGGACGACGAACCCCCCGUCAAUUUCAGACAUGCGCCCGACCUCACAUCGACAGACAUUCUCUACAACCAGCUGGUGUUUUCCAGAAAUGACCUGCCCAAUGGCAACCAUACCCUCCUUAUUAGGACUGAAGGUGUUGAUCACAAUGUCUAUGUGAAUUUUGAUUAUGCUAUUUAUACCCAUGUCGACGACCCAGCAGGAGUAUCGUCCAGUCGCCCAAGACCAUCAUCGCAAGGUUUGUCAUCUUCAGCCUCGGCCUCAGAAUCCCUUUCGAGUUCAGCUUCCCAAUCACCCUCAGCAUCCAAUUCGGGUUCAACAUCUCGUUCUCCUUCAGCUUCGGGAUCCUCAACUGGCGGCGCACCCCUCCCAGACCCUUCCACUAAUCCUGGAGAUACAGUACCAGGAGGAUCUGCCGAAGGCACAGACGACGAUUCAGAGUCUGCCGCUACAUCUUCCGCACCAGUGGGGGCCAUCGCUGGCGGAGUCGUGGGAGGCCUAGCGGCUCUCGGUCUGAUCGCCUUCCUCGUAUUCUGCUUGCGGCGACGGAAAAGAUAUGGAGCGAUUUCAAUGGAUCCUGAUAUGACCCAGGCCCGACCGUACCCGUCGCCCCCCACAGGCGGCAACCCUCCUAUCCAGUUCUACUCUCCUGUAGAGUCGUCGAUCCCUGACGGGGCGACUGGAAACGAUUCCGUGGCACCCAGUGGGAGUGGAAAUGCACAGGGGUUCUAUCAGGGCUCUGUGAAUGGUCCAUACAUAAAGAGCCCCAAUGGUAGCACGGGCAAUGCGCAGGCAUCGGGUGGCCCUUCGGCUAUGGGUGGUCCUUCAUCCAUGGGUGGGAACCCUGUCGGCGGGCCCCCGACGUUCUAUCCUCCAAAACUUCAGCCACAACGCUAUAUUCCUCAAGGCUCCACAACAGACGGAAGUGUAUACUCCUCCGCCUACGGAGGAAUUGCUCCUACCAGUCCUUCCAACUCUUCCAACCAACAAACGUCCACGACUUCGACCUCGAAUCACGCCCUAAUCCCUCUCAGCUCUCAACAGGAAGCUAUCCGCCGGGCCCGGCAGCAGGAGCUUGACCAGCAAUUACGAACCGUCGAACAGGAGAUGGACGAGUUGGGGCAAGACUUGAAGCGAGGGAGGUCGUUGCGACGUAGGACGGAGCCGAGGGCCACGGGUGGGGAGGAGAUGACGGUAGAAGAAAUGCGAGCGCAGAUGGAGUUGAUGCAGCAACAAAUCGAGAUUCUUCGAGCGAAUCAGCGGUCUGACUGGGCCGAAGGACUGACAGAUGACCCACCACCGGGGUAUACUCCUCGAGCGCAACCGACGCUCUCGAACAGAGCACCGCUGCCCCCAAUACCAACGCAGGUUUCGUCGGCUGUGACAUAG